AUGCAAACCACACCGACCAUCACAACGGAAGCUGAUGCAUCCACAACAAGGACAUCAAAAUCCACCACAACAACCAAGAAGGGAUACAUUUCCAUGGAAUCAGCUCUUAAAUUUCUUUCGGGAGGAGUUGCUGGUACCUUUAGUACUGUGAUUACCCAACCGAUGGAUGUAAUCAAAACAAAUAUGAUCUUGAAGGCUGGAGCUUUUAAAUCAUCAAGUCCGAUGAUAGAACAAAGACCUACCAUGAUGAGCACUGCAAGAAUGAUAUACAAAGAACAGGGAAUUAGAGGUCUAUACAGAGGGAGUAUUCCAACGUUUUUAAGAGUGGCUCCCGGAGCCUUGUUAUAUUACAACAUGCUCAGCUAUUUGAAGGAAAUGACACUAUCAGCGAAACAAAUUACUUCAAUGAUACACACAUCAGUAGAUCGUGAUCAAGUUUUAAAUAGUACAAGAUUGUCUGCUUUUGAAAGCUUUUGCAUUGCUGCAUUCAGUAGAGGACUCACUGGAGUGAUUUUAUGUCCAAUUACAGUUGUUAAAACCCGAUUGGAAUAUACUGCCAACAGCUCCGGAGUGUGGGAUACAUUCACAUCUAUUGCAAAGAACGAAGGAAUUUCGGGGUUCUUCUCUGGCCUUAUUGCCACUCUUGUGCGUGAUAUUCCAAAUGCAGGGUUGAAUUAUCUUUUCUAUAAUCAGACACGAUAUGCCUUGACAAAUACAUUCUUUAAGGGAAAGGAACAAGAAAUGGAAACAAGUCCUCUGAUAACAAUGCCUAGUGGUGCAGUCGGAGGUGUUUUAUCUUCCCUUAUUACUCAUCCGUUUGAUAUGAUUCGAACUCGACUUCAAAUUGAUUCCUCCUCCAAAAAGGUGUAUGGAGGUAUAAUUGAUGCCUUCCGAACCAUCAAUAGAGAAGAAGGAUUUAGAACCUUGUUUCGAGGAGUAACCCCAAGAAUUAUGAAGCGAGCCUUUGCUUCUGCCAUCAGUUGGACACUUCUAGAAAUUCUAUACAGGGCAUCUGGUGCUAGUGUUCCAUUCAAUGUGUCAUCAUCUUCCUCGUAA